CCGCCCGCGGGGAGCGGGGAGCGGGGGACGGAGCCAAGAUGGCGGCGCCGGGGCUGGGCCGGCCCUGAGGGGCCGUGAGGGGCCGGGAGGGGCCCCCGCGCUCACCGGGGCCGGGACGGGCCGCAGGGGGGGCCCCGCCGCUCCCCCCGCCGCUCCUCGCCACGCUGCCGCCGCCGGAGCUUCCCCGGGGGAGACGCGGGGCCUGCUCGGUGCCGUUAGCGGCCUUACCGGGGCCUCACCGGGGCUUUACCGGGGCUUUACCGGGGCUUUUCGGGGCUCGGCGGCGCCGUUUGGAGCCUCCCCGGGGCCUCCCCGCGGCUUUUCGGGGCUCGGCAGCGCCGUUCGCGGCCUUACCGGGGCUUCACCGGAGCUUUUUGGGCUCGAACCGGGCCCGUCCCGGGGCUGAACCGGGGCUUUAAGGGCCUUUAACGGGUGGAGCCUCCCGGUGCCGCCGGUUCUGGCUGGAAUUUGGGGCCGGUUUCAGCCAAAAUCGGAAUUUUUUGUGAUUUUUUUCUUUUUUUUUUUUUGUAUUUUUGUUAAUUUAACGGCGCUUUUCCCGGUUUUUCCGCUCGGAAAAUCCCGGGAUUCGCGGCGCCCGGAGGAACGGGAUGAAAUUCCAAAUAUUUCCUCAGCCCAGCGAGUUUUUUGGGGGUUUUUUAUUGCGGUUUUUGCUUUAAAACGAGCAAAAAAUCCGCGAUCCAGGGAAUUCCUGUAACCGGGAAUGACUUAAAGGCUUUUCCUCCGUAAAUUAUUAAUUAGGGAAUUAAAAAUAAUUUAAAAGGUUUGGGUUUUUUUGGGGCGGGGGGGGAAAUUCCGGUGUUUUCCGGUAAGGAUUGACCAGCGAUCCCGGCCUCGGGAAUUGCGGCCGCUGCUGGAAUUUUGGGAUUUUUUUGGGGGGAAUUUCUCGGAAAGGCAAAUCCAGGAGAAGGAAAAGAAAAAAAGAAAAAAACGACAAAAAACAAAAAAAGGAUCGGAGAUUGCGGAGAAUCCACGGCUGAGGUGCCCAUGGCGGGCCGGAAGCGCGGCGGCGGUGCCGGUGCCGGUACCGGUGGCGGUGGCAGUACCGGGGGCGCGGGCUCGGCGCCGUGGCCCGAGGAGCCGGGCGAGCGCGAGCAGGGGCUGUACUCGCUGCACCGCAUGUUCGACAUCGUGGGCGCGCAGCUGACGCACCGCGACGUGCGCGUCCUCUCCUUCCUCUUCGUCGACGUGCUGGACGAGGCCGAGCGCGGCCGCAUCCGCUCGGGCCGCGACUUCCUGCUGGCGCUGGAGCGGCAGGGCCGCUGCGACGAGAGCAACCUGCGGCAGCUGCUGCAGCUGCUGCGCAUCAUCACCCGCCACGACCUGCUGCCCUACGUCAGCCUCAAGCGCCGGCGCCCCGUGUGCCCGGACCUGGUGGACAAGUACCUGGAGGAGACGUCCAUCCGCUACGUCACCCCCCGCGCGCCCGGGGGCACCGCGCCCGGCCUGGGCCACCCCCACAAAUCAGUGCCUGCCCCCCACCCGUCCCUGUGCUGCCCCCCGGGGGGGCCCCAGCUGGGCCCGAAGCGCCCGGGCCGGGCCCGGAGCCUCCUCGGGAGCCAACGGAAACGGCGGAAGUCAGCGACCCCCGACCCCAAGGAGAAACAGACCUGCGACAUCCGCCUGCGCGUGCGCGCCGAGUACUGCCAGCACGACUCCGCCCUGCACGGCAACGUCUUCUCCAACAAGCAGGACCCUCUGGAGCGCCAAUUCGAGCGCUUCAACCAGGCCAACACCAUCCUCAAAUCCCGGGAUUUGGGCUCCAUCAUCUGCGACAUCAAAUUCUCGGAGCUCACCUACCUCGACGCCUUCUGGCGGGAUUACAUCAACGGUUCCCUCCUGGAAGCGCUCAAGGGCGUCUUCAUCACGGACUCGCUCAAACAGGCCGUGGGCCACGAGGCCAUCAAGCUGCUGGUCAACGUGGACGAGGAGGAUUACGAGCUGGGCCGCCAGAAACUCCUCAGGAACUUGAUGCUCCACACAGCUCCCUGAGGGAUCCAUCCCGAUUUUUGGGUUUUUUUGUUUUUUCCUCCAGGGAUUUUCUGGGGUUUUUUUUCCCCCCUCUCACUUACUGACCCACUCAUGGAUUUGGGGAGGGUUGGAGGUUUGGGGGAUUCCGGGAUUUGGCGCUUUUUGGGGGGGUCCUGAUGGGUUCUCCUUGUGUUUUCCAUGGAUUUUCCCUCCUGUUUUUUCUUUUGUAUCCAUUAAAAACGGUGAUGAAAAGGCAAAAA